AUGCCUCCUAAAGGGAAACCUGGCAAGCCUGCUACCAACAAGAUGAACCCUGCUGCUGCUGCUGCUGCUGCUCUUAAGACGCCGGCUUCAAUUACCACGGCUCGUCCAACCAUGGCCACUGCUGUUCCGGCGAAAUCCGCGCGUACUCUGUUUGCGGAGGAGGAAUCGGAGGCUCUGACGCUGUCGGCCAAGCUGGCUGCUCUUCGCAUUGAGCAAGCUGCUGGAGGGAAGACAGACAAUGGCAAAGGAAAGGACGGGGAUUUCAAGGACGCCGUCUCUGAUGCGGAAGAUGAUGUUACUGCUGAAGAGGCUGCUGGAGAGUCUUCAUCUGGCGCUGCUCGUCGCUUCUGUGUCCUGGAUGAUGAAGAUGAUGGUCUCAUUGCUCACGACCCGAACGAGGGUUUCGAGGAUAAGGCGAAGGAGGAGCUCGCGGCGAAGCUGCGUUUCCCGUUAACGCUGCUGAUUCCAAGCGACCGUCUGCAGGAGGUUCGUCGCACGCAGGCAACGAUUAAGGAACUGCUGGGAACGACGUGGGGCAAUCAGCUCACUGAAAACGCGGCGAAGACGACAACCUUCCAGGAGAUUGUCCUCAAGGAUCCAGCGCUGGUGCUGGUCUCGACGUCAAGCAACAGGGAGGAGUGGGUCUGUUUGCUCGAAAGUUGCGAGAAAGGGAAGGGUACCUCCUUCGAGCAGGCCGCUCAUCACGCGCUGUCUCAGCGUCACCUGGGGGGACUGGCGAAGCAGGGUGCUGCCACGCGUGCUCUCAAAGCCAAUCUGAGCCUCCGUGUGCUGCGCAAGGAAUACGAGAUUCAGUGA